CGGCUGGCGGCAGCGCCAUUUUGAACGUGCAGCUCCCGCAGCCGCUAGCGCGAUCGUAAGGGCGGCCGCUGGGCGAACCAGCCGUAGUCUCGGACUUCGUCCGUCCGUGGCUCUCGUCUGUAGGUAUAUACAGAGACACGGCUGUAGCUCUAGAGUUGUGUCUGCUACCUGAGGUGAACCCCCAAGAUGAUGUUAAGAGGAAACCUGAAGCAAGUGCGCAUUGAGAAAAACCCGGCCCGCCUCCGAGCUCUGGAGUCCGCGGCGGGCGAGAGCGAGCCGGCGGCCGCCAUGGCGCUGGCGCUGGCGGGGGAGCCGGCGCCGCCCGCCCCCGGGCCCCCGGAGGACCACCCUGACGAGGAGAUGGGGUUCACCAUCGACAUCAAGAGCUUCCUCAAGCCGGGCGAAAAGACGUACACGCAGCGCUGCCGCCUGUUCGUGGGGAACCUGCCCACAGACAUCACGGAGGAGGAUUUCAAGAGGCUGUUCGAGCGCUACGGCGAGCCCAGCGAGGUUUUCAUCAACCGGGACCGCGGCUUCGGCUUCAUCCGCCUGGAAUCCAGGACACUGGCUGAAAUUGCAAAAGCAGAACUGGAUGGCACCAUUUUGAAGAGCAGACCUCUCCGAAUUCGUUUUGCUACACAUGGAGCAGCACUAACUGUCAAGAACCUUUCGCCGGUUGUUUCCAAUGAGCUUCUGGAGCAAGCAUUUUCCCAGUUUGGCCCUGUAGAGAAAGCCGUUGUGGUUGUGGAUGACCGUGGUAGAGCUACAGGAAAAGGUUUUGUAGAAUUUGCAGCGAAACCUCCUGCACGAAAGGCUCUGGAAAGAUGUGGUGAUGGGGCGUUCUUGCUAACAACGACACCUCGUCCAGUCAUUGUGGAGCCUAUGGAGCAGUUUGAUGAUGAAGAUGGCUUGCCAGAGAAGCUAAUGCAGAAAACUCAACAAUAUCAUAAGGAAAGAGAACAGCCGCCACGUUUUGCUCAGCCUGGGACAUUUGAAUUUGAAUAUGCAUCCCGAUGGAAGGCUCUUGAUGAAAUGGAAAAGCAGCAGCGUGAGCAGGUUGAUAGAAACAUCAGAGAAGCCAAAGAGAAACUAGAAGCAGAAAUGGAAGCAGCCAGGCACGAACACCAAUUAAUGCUAAUGAGGCAAGAUCUCAUGAGGCGUCAAGAAGAACUCAGACGCUUGGAAGAACUCAGAAACCAGGAGUUACAAAAACGGAAGCAGAUACAGUUGAGACAUGAGGAAGAGCAUCGACGCCGUGAGGAAGAAAUGAUCCGACACAGAGAACAGGAGGAACUGAGGCGACAACAAGAGGGCUUUAAGCCAAACUAUAUGGAAAAUAGAGAACAGGAAAUGAGAAUGGGUGAUAUGGGUCCCCGUGGAGCAAUAAACAUGGGAGAUGCAUUUAGCCCAGCACCUGCUGGUAACCAAGGUCCUCCUCCAAUGAUGGGUAUGAAUAUGAACAACAGAGGAACUAUACCUGGCCCACCAAUGGGUCCUGGUCCUGCCAUGGGACCAGAAGGAGCUGCAAAUAUGGGAACUCCAAUGAUGCCAGAUAAUGGAGCAGUGCACAAUGAUAGAUUUCCGCAAGGACCAUCAUCUCAGAUGGGAUCACCUAUGGGGAGUAGAACAGGUUCUGAAACCCCUCAAGCACCAAUGAGUGGUGUAGGUCCUGUUAGUGGUGGUCCUGGUGGUUUUGGUAGAGGAAGCCAAGGGGGCAACUUUGAAGGCCCUAAUAAGCGUCGUAGAUAUUAAACAUUCUUUCAUUCCUGGCUUACUUAGAGGAAAAAUAAACGUCUCUGGUAUGCCUUUAUACUUUUACUUGUUUCCUGGAAGAAAUGGUUUUAUUGUUAAUGUAUGUAGACUUUAAAGUUUUUCUUUUGUAAAACUUGAGGUUUUUGUAUUUUUCUUUAUUCAUACAUAAGCUUUGUAGAUUAGAGUGGUAAUGAUGAUGCUCAUCAUUGUGAAUGUUAAAAUGUGUUUGUGACUUUAGCUAAAUAUAAGUAUGCCAUAGAACUGUGAAGUCUAUGUAGUUAAUCUCAAUAAAGAAAUCAUUUUGGAUAAUUUACAAAUGUUACUAGUAGUGUUCUCUCAUAGUUUCACUAAACUUUGCUGUAACAGUAAUACUUUGGUUGCUUUAAUUAAUCUCAGCCAUUUAAAAAUGAAAAUGAUUUUCUGCUUUUUAGUAGCACUGAAAAGAUAGAAGCUUAUUGAAAGCUAAUGUCAAUAGGGGUAGAUAGAAUAGUGCAUUGGGGAGGGGUGUGGGAACGGGUUUACAUUUGUAAUAAACCAUUGAUGUUCUUUCUGUGAAAUCAGAGUCGCUGUCUACAUUUCAUAUAGAUUCUGAAUAUUCAAAUAUUCUAAGAAGGAAUAUUAAGGAUAUCUUUGUCCUGUGCUGAGUUUUUCAAAUAAACCUUUUGAAUCUUGGAAAAAAAAAACCUGUUUGGAGGCAAAUCUCUUUUGCUUAUAAAAUAAUGUCUAUUUUUAAUCUUUUCUACCAUUAUUUGGUGUAUCUGGAUCUUACCCUUUAAAUUUUCUUUUAAAAUCAAACAAUACAGUUAGGUUGGAUGUUAAGUGAGGAUUUGGUAUGCUUUAGAAGAAAUUAGGCAUUUCCUGAGAAUGUUGUUUAUGGAAGUACUAUAGAUGGAUUAAUUCUGAGGUGUUGUAAAUAUCUUCAUAUAGUUUGGUAAGUCUCUCCAGUAAACUUGUCUGAUAGGCUAGUUGUAUUUCCAAGGAAUACAGUUUAAGUGGUGAUUUAAAGAAAUAAAAACAGGGAAUUAACUUGAGAAUGGCUAAGGUCAUUGGAAUCAGAUUAGAUCCCUCUACAGUCUACGUAUUUUGAAUUUUGAUUUUCAGUACUAGGGAGAAACAGAUUUUAUCACAUUAUAAUUGUUAUUCUAAAAGUCCUUGCUAUAUUUAAAAUUUUGUGUGUUAGCCAUAUUUAAUUUAAAAUUACAUUUAAGGAAUUACAUAUCCACCUUAAACUACAAAUCUAAUGCAUCAGCCAUUGAUCAUAAUAUGGUUAUUUCUCACAUAACAUUUCAGUGUAUUACUGUAUCAUGCUUUUAGCAUUUCCAUGAAAUAUUCUGUUUUAAAAUGAACAGUAUGUAAAAAUUAAUUUUUGGAUGGUGUGUGUUUAUGCUGGAAGGCAUAAUUUGGAAUUUGAAUUUGGUUAAUUUAAAAUCUUGCAUAAAAGCAGUUGUAAAGCAAAAUUGAGGUGCAUUCUUUUGUAACAUUUGUCUUGUGUAUUAUUAUUUCACAUUAUCUUUUUUAGAAACAGGAAUGGAUGGAAUUAUUUUCUAAAAUUCUCAGUAUUCACAGGCUUUGUUUUUGGCAAAUCUUCGAAAACAUGAUUUGGAGAUUGUAAAAUAACAGUAAAAAAUACUGUUCUCAUCACAUUUUCCAUGCGUAUGAGUUGGCAUGGAGUGGAAUUUGUUUUAAUUAACUGAUUAAUUACAGUGUAGGGAGUUUUACAUUGAUAUUUAAAUGAUUUAAAUGAUACCUGUUGUACCUAAAUAUACCUUUCCCAUCAUCUAUAGUUUUAUUCGUAUAAUCCUAGGUAAUUUCUAGCACUGUAUUUUGCUUGAAAGCUGAGUUUAAAGUGGGAAAAACUUGAUCCUUUGAUGUUAAUACCAAGCUGUCUUUGGCCAAGGCUGUGAAAUUCUGUAACAUUGAUUCAAGAACAUUUGAAAGCCAGUGCACAGAGAUGUCCUAAUCUCCUGAACAUUCUAGUGUCCGGCUCAACUCUGGCUCCAAGAACAGAGUUCUACACAGCUUUUUCCCUGCAUCAAGAAAAUCUUUGUUCCAGUACUUAUCAAGUUUACCCUGGGAACAAUCAGCUUCUGAGUGACAGUCAAGUGGAGCAUCUGUGAACUCCCAGUUAUUCAGGUUUUAGUGUUUUUGUAUGAACAACUUUGUGACUGGUUCAGUCAAUAUUUUUUCUUGUGAAUUAGCAUACAUAUUGGGGAAGAUAUUUGAAUGUUAUUUGCUUAAAAGCAGUAGAUACAAAAAUAAAUACUAGUAUUAGCUUUUCUAAA